UUAAAACAAACCCAAGGUCACACAACAUAGGUUCAAACAAUGGCUAACAUACAUACAUAUAAACAUAUUUAGUUAUUUAGCAGAUUUUGAGAAAUAGUAUAUAAGGCUUCCAAAUUUAAAAAUAAACUCAGAAUGAAAGAUUUCUGACUUGACGAAAGACAGUUUGAAUUCCCCCCACCAGAGGUAAGGUAUGAGAAAUCUUUGUUGAGUUCAAACGGUGCUGGUGUUUGUACUAUGUGCGGACAGCUGUCAGUCAUUGAUCGGACGCAGAUUUAGUGUACACCAGAAAACUUGGAAGGAAAAUUCCAGGUGCAUUUACUUAUUUGAAAUAUUUUAAUCAAUAUUGUAAUUUUUUUAUUACAGAAGGAAAGUUAAGUAACUAGUAAUGGCCACGAGUUCUUCCCAAACACUUGCUCUUCAGAGAAAUUGCAGUGAACAGAACCAUUUCAUGGAGAAAUUAAUGACGAAAAUAUGUAGUUUCUACGACGAACAAUCUCUAAUCGAUGUAACAUUUAAAUUUUCAAACCCAACGGCUCUUGUACCCGCGCAUCGUUUGAUACUCGCAGCAGCGAGUCCUUACUUCAAGAACCUUUUCAAAGGCAAUCAAGGCACUAAUCCAGUCAUCGAGAUAAAUGAUAUCGAUAGCGAUAUUUUUGAGCGUCUAAUAACCUUUUGUUAUACCGGACAGGUCCUCAUUACCGUUAACAAUGUCGCUGCCAUGCUAAAUGCGGCAAUCGUUUUGCAAUUAGACGAUGCCAAAAACCAUAUUGUGGACUACCUCAUGACACAUAUCGAUGAAAUCACUUUACAGGGUGCAUAUACGCUGCAGCUUGAAAUGAAAUGUGAAUAUCUUAAGCAGAAAAUCAUCGAAUACGAAACACAGAACUUCAUGGAGAUCAGCCGAAGCGAUGAGUUUUUGAACUUUGAUGUAGAAAAAUUGCAACGUAUCUUGGUAUCUGACAAUUUGAAUAUAAGCCGGGAGGAAGAUGCCUUCGAUGCCAUAAAACGCUGGUACAAUUGCGAUGUUCAUGCGCGUCAAGAGCAACUGCCACUAUUAAUAGCUUGUCUCCGGCUUACCCAAUUCAAUAUGGACUUUCUGAUGACACACAUACAGCCGUUACCUGGAUGUGAGCUACUGGCCUUCAAGGCGUUAUCGUGGAUCAGAGUGCCUAAAGCACGGCCAAUGAUAAAUAUGCGAUUUACGGAACCACGUGGGAUCAGUGCUACAAACUGUGGUGAGAAAACAAUCCUAGCGCUUUGCUCAGAGCUUGAAAUGAAUCCCAAGCUGCAGCAAUAUAAAAAAACUGAGGAUAAGUGGCAGGAAUAUGCGAGUAUAAAAACCGAUUACCAAUGGUAUAGAACUAUUUUAAAGGAUGAUAAUUUAUUAUUUAUUGGCGGUUGGAAAAGUGGUGCCAUCGUUAACAUCGUCCGCAGCUGGAAUAUACGAAAUAAGACAUGGCAAAAUUUACCCGCCAUGAAGCAAGCAAGAAUUUCACACUGCGUUGUCGAAUUAAAUGGCAAAAUCUACGCGAUUGGUGGUUUUGAGGUAAUAAUGCUUUGUCGUCGGUGGAAAGGUGAAUAUAUCUAAAUCUAUAAUGAAUUACCUAACGAUAGCGAUUGUGAGCUUUACCAAUUUCUUAAGCUUAAUGGUGAAAGAACUUUAGACUAGAUGUGUUAGGGUAGUAUGGAUGGUAAACAAAAUAAGGAACUUCGGCAUGAAAGAAGGAGGGAAUUCAGUGAAAUGUUAUAAUCUGAUUGAAUCUG